UCACGCUCAGCGGUCCCUCCUCUCCAAUUGGUGCUUGUAGUCCACGCUCUAUUGCUAGACGUGAGUCUAACGCAGGUGAUAUUUGUCAUGAUACUUCGCGAACACGACUCUUUAAUACACGAAUGCAUGCCAACCGUACACCUGUAAGAUAAGUGUAUAGUGAGGUAGAGAGAGAAAUUUAGAGAGAGAAGUAAAUUUUAGAGAGAGAAAGUCUUUCUAGAGUGAGAGAGAGCGCGAUAGAGCGAAAAAGGAGAUCUGAUAGAACAAAGAGAGAAAGGUAAACAAGCUCGAAACCCUAGCCCUAGUGUUUCUUCCAAUCGAAAAUUUUCCUUUUCUGUAUAUGUGCGUGUAUAUAAACACAUAUUCUGCAGAUAUUUCUCUGUGCGCGUUUGUAUAGGUUUAGAUUAGAGUAGAUCGACAGAGGUUCGAGCUUGCUGUAAGGUUUUUGUUUGUGUUUUGGGUUUUGGCCUAAUUGAAUUCUUAUUUCGGGGCAAAUUUAGGGUUUUCGUUGCUGUUAAUUCAGGGAGGCGAAAAACCCUAGUUUUGGACCAGUCUUGUGAUUCGCUUUGUGUGGAGUUUAGAAAUUAGGGUUUUGGAGUUACAUGUAUGGCUUCGGGGACAAUAGUUGGAGAGGGAGGUGGAAAUGAUGGAGCUAGAGAGAAGCAGAGGUAUACAGAGAGUAAAGUUUAUACGAGAAAAGCUUUUAAAGGGCCCAAGAACAACAUCAAGAACCUCACGACCACCCCUGCCGCCACCAACACCAACACCAACAAUAACAACACUACAAACACUACCACCACCACAAUAACCACCACCGCAACUACAACUGCAAACGACAACCAUAAUGACAAGAAAAUCAGCAGCAACGACAAUAACGACACAAACAAUGAGAACAACUCCGUUCAAGUGACGGAUUUGCAAACCCCUGCUUUAGAAGACACAAAUUCGGCCCAGCAACAGGUCAUUUCGCGCCUGGAUGCCCACUCUGACGAUUCUUCUAGCCUCAAUAGGCAGCAAGGUACGGCAGCUGUAGUCCCAAGUGACCGAGACCUGACUACUGGGAAUGGGGUGGUGAAACAAAGUUUGGACGAUAAAGUAAAGAUAAACUUAGCAUCAAAGUCUAAACAGGAGAUGAGGGAGCUCAGGAGGAAGCUGGAGAGUGAACUCGAUAUUGUAAGGAGUUUGGUGAAAAGGAUUGAGGCCAAAGAAGUGCAGCUUGGUGUUAGUGGGUAUGGUAAUACACGAGCGUCCCUAAACGAAGUUGAUAAUGGAUUAAAGAGGGUUAAUUCAGAGGUAGUGGGUGUUCCUCGUGAUAUUAGUACGUUUAUUCCUACUCCUACUCCUAGGCAGUCCAGGCCUUUGAAUCAGCUUAGCGUAUCAGUGUUGGAGAAUAGCCAGGGUCCAGGUGAAACCUUGGAGAAAGAGAAAAGGACACCAAAAGCAAAUCAGUUUUAUAGAAAUUCAGAGUUUUUGCUUGCAAAAGAUAAGUUUCCACCAGCGGAGAGCAACAAGAAGUCCAAAUUGACUGGGAAGAAGCAAGGGGGAGGGGACAUGGGAUUGGGGUUUGGGACGGGAUCAAAGAUUUUCAAGAAUUGCAGCGCUUUGCUUGAGAAAUUGAUGAAGCAUAAGCAUGGUUGGGUUUUUAAUACUCCUGUUGAUGUGAAGACUCUCGGUUUGCAUGAUUACUUUACUAUUAUUAAGCAUCCUAUGGACUUGGGUACUGUGAAGACGAGGCUGAACAAGAAUUGGUACAAAUCGCCUGAAGAGUUCGCGGAAGAUGUGAGACUAACAUUUCACAACGCAUUGAGGUAUAACCCUAAGGGGCAGGAUGUUCAUAUAAUGGCUGAGGUGCUACUGAAGAUGUUUGAGGACAGGUGGGCUGUUAUAAAGUCGGAUUAUGAUCGUGAGAUGAGGUUUGCUUCCAGUUAUGAGCUGGGUAUUCCUGCACCGCUAUCAAGAAAGGCUCCUCUUUUGCCACCCCCUCCUCUUGAUAUGCGGAGGAUAUUGGAUAGAUCAGAAUCGAUGACUUAUCCUCCUGUUGAUCCUAGACCAAAACCUUUUAUUACAACUCCUUCAGGAAGAACCCCUGCUCUGAAAAAGCCCAAGGCAAAGGAUCCACACAAGCGGGACAUGACUUAUGAGGAAAAGCAGAAGCUUAGCACAAACCUUCAGAGCUUACCUUCAGAGAAGCUGGACAAUAUUGUACAGAUAAUAAAGAAAAGGAACUCAUCCCUUUGCCAACAUGAUGAUGAAAUUGAAGUGGACAUUGAUAGUGUUGAUGCAGAGACUCUUUGGGAAUUGGAUAGGUAUGUUACCAACUAUAAGAAGAGUUUAAGCAAGAACAAGAGGAAAGCUGAACUCGCCAUUCAAGCAAGAGCAGAAGCUGAGCAGAAAGCCCGGGAGAAUAUAUCAGCACCAGUUGUAGCAGAAGCACCACAGGAAACUAAAACAGCAGAUGAAAGGAAUGUUUCCACUUCAUCACCUGUUCAAGUGGAGAAACAGGGAGAUAAUGGAACUAGGUCAAGUAGUUCUAGCAGCUCUAGCAGUGAUUCUGGAUCUUCUUCAAGUGACACGGAUAGUGACAGCUCCUCGGCUUCUGGAUCUGACAUAGGGCAUUGACUAAGGAGUUAAGUAGUCACGUAUCCUCCUGCUGUUUCAGAUCCCAGAAAAAAAAUUAGAGUAGACAUUUGAGUUGAUAGCAGGACAUGAAUUUCCCCAAGGAAUAUGGAUUUUGGUGUACAGUGGAGCAGCAACUAUCCUUCCUGCCUCAGCAGAGUGGGUUAUUUAAUUGGGAAUGAUUGCUUGAAUCAUCAAGUGGGUUAUUUGUGUAGUUAGAAAUUUGUAUAAUAUUUGGGUAGAAUUCGGUGAUUGAUUAGAAUAGAAUUUCAGAUGGUUUGUUUUGUGUACAUGGCUAACUACUGCUGCUCAGUCUUUAGUUUCAGCAACUUUGUUGACCGACUUCUCAUCUUGCAGAUUCAGGUUUCUAUGGUGUUAUACGAAAGAUAAAAAUCUGUAAUUCCAGCCCUUCAAGUGAUAGAUCACAUUAUUUAUUUGCUUCA